UUUAUGUACAGCUUCUUUGGGACUCAAUACUCGAGAACCAGUGACGGGAAGCAAGUAUAAAACUGAUUAUUCGACUUACACUCGAUUUCCGCCACCGGAUCUCGAGAUAUUGAGCCUCAAAGAGGCCGUACGUGAAAUUACUCAUUAUUACGGAUUUCAUUAUUUUGUACAAAUAUUAAUUACACUAAUGCAUCAAUUACGAACUUUACAACAGUUACGAAUAUUAUACCAAUUACGAGUAUUACAUCAAUUACUGCAAAAAUUAUGGUUUUAA